UACGAACGCCUCUAGUUCCAUAUCCACGGCUUUUUGAUCCGUCCGACACACCACCCACACGCCCCAAAGAAAACAGCAGCAGCCAAGAAGGACCCUCGUCGGCGGCAGUCAGGCGAGCAAGGGGUCAGCCAGCCGAGUCCGGCGGCGGCGGCCAUGGCGCUAGCGGCUAACGCCCAUGGAAGAGUCUGCACCCUCUCCUCCAGGCCGCCAACACCUUUCGGCAGCAGGAGCAUGGUCACCAUGCCUGGACACCACGUCCAAGCUCGGUUCGCGGUCCGGGCGACCGCGGAGCGCGCGACAUGGCUGCCGGGGCUGGACCCGCCGACGUACCUCGACGGCACGCUGCCUGGUGACUACGGGUUUGAUCCCCUGGGGCUCGGGGAGCAGCCUGAGGACUUGAAGUGGUACGUCCAGGCGGAGCUCGUGCACUGCCGGUUCGCCAUGGCAGGGGUUGCCGGCAUCCUUGGAACCGAUUUGAUCCGUGUAUCAGGACUCGGCAACCUACCCGUGUGGUUUGAAGCAGGUGCCACGAAAUUUGACUUUGCCAACACCACAGCACUCUUCUUUGUCCAGCUUCUCUUGAUGGGAUUUGUCGAAACCAAGAGGUACAUGGACUUCGUUAAUCCAGGAUCACAAGCAAAGGAAGGGACAUUCCUUGGGAUAGAAGCUUCACUCGAAGGUUUACAGCCAGGAUACCCUGGGGGGCCACUAUUUAACCCAAUGGGACUCGCCAAAGAUAUAGAGAAUGCGAAUGAAGUGAAGCUGAAAGAAAUAAAGAAUGGGAGGUUGGCAAUGGUUGCUAUGCUUGGAUUUAUUGUGCAAGCGUCUGUGACUCAUGCUGGGCCCAUCGAGAAUCUUUUGACACAUCUUUCAGACCCGUUCAACAAAAAUAUCAUUCAUGCACUAACCUUGUCUUGAAAACUCACUGUCUCGAAAUUUCGUUUAUUUUUCCUUUUUUCCAUCUAAUAAAGGUGUAGCACAUCAGAUCACAAUGGUCUCUUACAGGAAGCGCAAUUCUUCUCAGCCCCCUCUUUGUAAGGCUCUAUCGGUAACGAAAACUGAAUAUGAAACUUCUGUGGGAGGAACUGUAAAAAACUCAGUACACAGUUGCCACUACAGGUGGGGUGACAAAUUGAUUUUCUUCAAAUGCAAACAAGAUACAGUGAUAGUUUAUAUCGA